AUAAAUCUUACAGCUGUUCGUUUUGACUAGUGUUACGAAAACGUAGAACGUUUUUCGCUUUUAUUAUUUAAUUUUCUUGAAAAUUUGAGUAAUUUCUGAAAUGAACAAGAUCUGUAGGAGUUUUAUUUCGGUGCUAAGUCACUCCAACUUGGAAAAAACCUAUACAUCAGCUGCCGUACUGGGACGAAAUUUGUCUUUUAAAAGUGAUUUAUCUCUGGACAAGAUAUACCCCAAGAGUCGCUUGCAACUUUACACACCACCACCGCCUGCCAGCAAGGAUGACAAAUUUUCCGGCUUUAUACCCAUAAACAAAUUGCAAAUCACCUACAGCCGCAGUUCGGGACCCGGUGGUCAACAUGUGAAUACUGUGAACACCAAAGUAGAUGUACGCUUUAAAUUAACUGAGGCGGAUUGGAUACCAGAGAAAACUAGAACAAAAUUAUUAAAUGGUUUAGAAAAUAAGAUCACCAAAGAGGGUUACUAUGUAAUCAAAAGUGAUUUAACUCGUUCCCAGCAAAUGAAUUUAGCUGAUGCUUUAGAAAAAUUGAGAACUGUCAUAAGAGACUUCGAAUAUGAGGCUGCUCCUACAUCAGAAGAAACAUUGGAAAAAAUUAGGAAAAGGCAAGAAAAAGCUGCCCGUGAACGUCUAUUUGUUAAACGUCAACGUUCACAAGUCAAAGCUGAUCGUCAAGGACCCUCAGGAGUUGAUUUUUAAAACCAACUGCAUAUUAUAGUCAUGUAAAAUACAAAGUAUAAUUAAAACAACAAUAAAUUCUUUAAUUUUACAAAAUUUUUGUUCAAAUUUUAUCUGUUAAAUAAAUCUAUUUAAAAACACAAACACAA